AUGGAGAGCCUGGAGCCCGGGGAGGAGAUGUGGAGGCCGGGGGUGGAGAGCCUGGAGCCCGGGGAGGAAAUGUGGAGCGCCUGGAGCCCGGGGAGGUGAUGUGAAGGCCGGGCUUGGAGAGCCUGGAGGCAUGGCAUGGAGAGCUUGGAGCCCGGGGAAGAGGUGUGGAGGCCGGGCAUGGAGAGCCUGGAGCCGAGGGGAAGAGAGCCCGGAGGCCCCCUACAUGCAAUUGAACGUGGCGCACCGCCACGGCUAAAAAAAAGCUGCCACACCUUUUAAAAUUAGGUGCUUUCUUACAUGGCUCUAUCUUGGACUCAUGUGUAUAUACAUACGUGCACGCGCCUAGUAUUAGGAUUUGUGAGUUAUUGUCGGCGUUGUCACUGCUGAUUCAUUACCCCCCAACCCCCCCCAACCCCCAUUAAUCAAUUUAAACCGUACGCAUUUCAACCUUCCAAGCACCUUGCGCGGCUGCGCAUUUCUACUCGGAAAGCCUGAUUCAUGAAGGUAUUUCAGGCAUUUCUGUAGUUUUUCGAUAAUUUGUGGCGAAUCAAAUCAUCAAACCUGCCUGCCUCUUACAGGCUAACAAAGCGCUCGGAUUCAUGCUCUGAUCUUACUACGUGCUUCGCGUGAAAAGUGAACAGUGAUUGAGGCAGAGACCAGCUUCAGAGGAGAAACAUCCAGCAGAGUGAACAACCUCUUCAUAUUGAGUGAUUUGGCUCACACUCUUGGCGUUUUCUGUGACUCUUGCAUGACUUUGGGUGAGCACAGACAUGAACACACUGUCAGACAAUUAUUGAUUUAUUUAGUUUUUAGGUUUUAGCUUUUAGUGCUGCUUUUUUUACUGGCACUAUUCUGGGGCAGCUGUAUACCCUUUCAACACUUUAUUUUUUAUAUUUACAGUUGUAUUGAAUGGACACUUUAUCAUGACUGCCACUUGUUUUACAGAAAGCAAAUAGAUUCUUAUUCUCCAGUGCAGAGCCUUUACUUUUAUUGAUACAGCCGGUUUAUUACAGUUGAGUUUGUGUGAUCAAGGUUUUCAGAAAUGUGAUGACGGUUCAGAGAGAUAAAAGAGACAGAGAGAGCUUAUACAUUUUUUUGAGAGCUUAUGAAUUUUGUUUAUAUCUGUUACAGAGGCUGAGAUAUCAGCUUUUUUAUAAACCUCAAAACUUCAGAAAACCUCAGGAUCUGGGGGCCCUUCUCAAAGUUGUCCUUUCAGAGGCGUGUCUCAGACAGGGUUUAGGUCUUAAUGGUUUAAGUUAUCUUCAGCGAACUCACCGCUAAUUCAUAACCCCCACGAAUUCGCGCAACGCCCACCCACCACCACCACCCCCGCACCGCAACGCAAAUUCACACAUAGAUUCCAGCCCUAGAGGAAACACUGUAUGUGCUUGCUAAAUGUGUUGUAUCACUGUCGGAAAGUAAAGUAUCUAUCUAUCUAUCUAUCUAUCUAUCUAUCUUUUGAUAAGACUGAGUGAGCGUCGCAAUACUCACUCCACAUCAAUUGGUGGCGCUAGUGCGCCAAUUUGUUGUUUGUCAACCACCAAAGUAACCCAAUGAAGAAGAAGAACACCUUUGCGCAUGCAGCCCGCACAGAUCGUUAUCUGCGGACAGAAGAGGACCGCUUGUGCAUGACUCAAAGGUACGUCUGAUUAUGCAAAAUAUGUUUUUCUUUUUUACAUAUUUCCAUAUGUGAAGGUAUACAACAGUUAUUUUGCUCUUAAUUAUGUAAGUUAUGAUAUAAUUAGGUAGUUUUUCUAACAUCGCUAACAAGCUAAUUCUGGGCUCCCACGCUUCCUGAAAAACGGCUCACCAGUACUGCAAAACUCAUGGAAAAUGGGAGAAAAAGUGAAAUGUCCUGGAAAAUCACGUUUUGUCCUGGAAAAUUAUUCUAACCGGACUACAAAAGCGUCCAAUCUGUCAACAUUGGUCGGGCAGAGAGCUUGGGGGUCUGUGCUACAAAACUUUCCCUGCAGGCUCCGAGCUCAAUUACCGUACUGUAGCUAGUAGCAGUGCAAACUCCCGAGAGUGAAAACAAACGGGGGGGAGGAAUGGGACAAAAAGAGCGACACAGCUGCACAGAAACUGCACUAGGUAGACCUCUGUGAUCAAGAUGUAGACAUCGCCACGCAAGAAGACUGUUCUUUUUUAAACCUCUGAGUUUACGGUAAUGUUAUUGUUAUUGUCAUUUUAGCUUGCGCUCAAUCGCUCUUGUCUGUCUUUCUUGCUAACUGAGCUGGGGUCGCACUUCCAAGUCUGUGUUCCGCUCUGAGCCCAGCGAAAGUGAGAGUGAAAUACAACCUUCUCAUACCUUAGACAAACGCCAAUUCACAACAGUAUUUAUAGAUCUGUAACAUAUAAAACAUGAUGCGUUAAUAAUAUGCAUGCACAAUGAAUAGGACCCAUCAGUGUAAAUCAAAUAGCACAAUAACAGACCACUUGGCUGGAUGAAUGUUGAUAAAUGAGGUUUGUUUUGUGUUUAGUUCAGAAAAAAUGUAAGGCCAUUUUUGUCAUUUAGUUCUAUUAAGGUAAAUUUAUGCACUUUGAUUCAAUUUAUCCUCGGAUGUUUAUUAUUAUUAUUAUUUAUUUCAGAAAGACAGCUUCCAGAUUCCUUUGCUGGCUCUUUUGUUUUUUACUUAGUUAAUUUUCUAUAUAUUUUUUUUUAGGAAAGAAAAGGCUGAGAUGUUCAUUGUUACUUGGUUGCAUAAAGUGAGGUGCUGUUCAUCUGUGGAUGCAUUAUUCUAUAAUCUGUUUGCCGUAAUUUUUAAGUAUGUAAGAGGUGAUUUCAUAGGUAGCCACAGACUGCACGCCUUUCAAUGAAGAUGCUUACUGAGAGGAACAUAGACUAUUUAGGAACUAACUUUAGACUGUCAUACCAGGUUGAACACCACCGAAAAUGUCCUGGAAAAUGAUCUCUGGAAAAGAGUGGGAACCCUGUAAUUGUAGCCUCCAGGCAGCAUCAUCAGGCUGAACGCCUGUUAUCAAACAAAAUAAACCGUUUUGUAAUUAUAAUGUAACAGAGUAUGCAGAGACGAAAAUGUUCUCAAAUAAAUACAUUUCUGUAACAAACAGAUUUAUCUUUGGAAACAAUUCUCUUUACAAUACCAAAGUGUGUGUGUGUAUCUUAAGCAGAUGCAUGUUGGUAAAAGUAAUGUAUGAGAAACCAAGCUGAUUUAGUCACAUCAAUGCAUGCAUGAACUGACUGUGAAUUAGCAUUAUUUCAUGAUCUAUUGAGUGUGGAAUAAUCACAUGAAUUCAAAGUGACAGGCUCAUUUGUGUUGAGUGAAAAAAAAGCAUCAAUGACACAUCUGCAUUAAUGCAAGUAUUAUUUCAUCAGGAUUUAUGCAUUACAUAGAUGUUAUUCAGCAUAUAUUCAUACACAGACUUAUUUAUUGUUUUAUUACUUUUGUCAUUUUUAGAUCAUUUCAGUGACUUAUGUAACAUUUUCUGUCCUAAACAGAGGGGUACCAGCAAUUUUCGAGCUGCAGUUACCCGCUGCAGGACAAGCUUCCUCAGAGGCACAGCCUCUUUCCCUGACUCGACUUUUCUCACAGCAGACAGCCAUACAGGAGGAUAUUUUGUAUUUGGUAAUUUAUUUAAUUAAAAAUAUAUAUUUUUUUCUUGUGAUUUGUGAUGUUUUUAAUUUCCCAGAUCAAUACUGACCUCUUCAACCUCUCCCUCUAACGACAUCAGGCCCUGAUGCUCUUGGUACUGACCCAGUGCUACCUGUGGUGAGGCCGGAUGCAGUAGAGUCUCUGCUCUUACCUGAAGUUCCGCAGGGCAGUGAAUUUUGCUGCCCUGGAAAAACAGUGUCCCGCGCCCAACAUUAUUUGUAAAAGGAGGCAACUUUCCCAUCAGGGUGUGGCCCUGCAUGUGAUAGGCUUCCCCCGCGGGCACUGGUAAGGCAUUUGGUUGUCUGCCUGUAUGAUAUUCAUUUUUUAACCCUUUAAGGGCCAAUUUAAGACAUAAAGUCACUAAUAUAGCAAAAAAAAUGGAAGGAAAAUGACCUAAAAAAAACUGCAUUGAUGAAGUGAUUCUAUAAGUGCAUUCUCUUUCACUAACAGCAACACUAACCAACAUCAGUACCAUGUAAAAAAUCACCAGCUUCAGAUUAUGUGUUAUAAUAAAAAUAGGUCAUUUUCCUUCAAUUUUUUGCUAUAUUAGUGACUUUAUGUCUUAAAUUGGCCCUUAAAGGGUUAAAAGAAUUAUUUUCAAUUAAACAUUAGCUAGUUUUUAACAGGUCAGAAGUAAAAUAAGAGAUGUAUUAAAAAAAUCUGAAAAAAAUAUUAAUCCAAUAUGAUUUUACAGCAAACAGUAGUAGUAGUAGUUGUUGUUGUUUUAGUUUUAUAAGUUGAUAAUAUAUUCUUUCUCUCUCAGCCAUCACCUGUGGAGCCCUGGGUUGCUGGCUUGCUGAGCCCUUUCUUUCGGUAGGUAGUGCUAAAUUUAAAAUACUAAUUUAAGUGGCAUGUUUCCAUGACCGAUUUAUUGAUUUCUUUAUUUGUUUUGCAGUGCCCAGCCCGUCCUCACCGCUGCCCCUGA